ACCCAUAUUUUCUAUUGAAUUUUAAUUUUUUAUUUAUCUGAGCAUCAGACAUAAACUUCAGCCUACCGACACUGAAAACUAAAGAAAAGAAAGUACCUUUUUUCUGCCAUUAUUGAUCCUCACAGUUGGGACUCAUCAAUGGCGAAAGAAGCUUCCAGUUGACACCCACCAUUUCCAAAGUUUGCUCCUUUCUGUACCCCCUCUUCUUCUUUUUCAUUUUUCUCUUCUGGGUUCCUCUUCUUCUUGUCAUCUGUGUUUAGUUCAUAGCUCCACAUUUUGCAUCAACCAGUCAAGGAAGUUGAUUUUGAUUAGUUGUGUUCAACUUGGAUGCUGCAGCUUAUACAGUGGAUCAACUAAUGAGAUUCCACCUUGCAUUGUUUCUUUUGUUGGCUUCUGUUCAAGCCAAUUUAAGUCAAGAUAUUGAACAUGGUUCACUUCUAGUAGAUGGAGCUCAAACAAAGGCUGAAACAGGUGAUAACUUUAUUUGUGCCACCGUUGAUUGGUGGCCUCAUGACAAGUGUGACUACAACCAUUGCCCCUGGGGAUAUUCAUCUGUUGUGAAUUUGGACUUGUCUCGUCCAUUCCUUGCCCAGGCCAUCCAAGAACUCAAGCCAUUGAGGAUACGACUUGGAGGUUCUUUGCAAGACCAGGUUAUAUAUGAUGUAGGAAGUUUGAAGUCUCCCUGUCAUCCCCUGCAAAAGAUUGAAGGUGGAUUGUUUGGAUUUUCAAAGGGAUGUUUACACAUGAAAAGAUGGGAUGAGCUGAAUCAGUUUUUCAAUGAGACAGGGGCCAUUGUGACAUUUGGCUUGAAUGCACUCCAUGGGAAGCACCAGAUUAGUCAUAAUGUUUGGGAAGGAGCCUGGGACCCCACAAAUGCUUAUGAUUUUAUAAAAUAUACUGUUUCAAAGGGAUACAAGAUUGAUUCAUGGGAACUUGGAAAUGAGUUGAGUGGUAAGGGCAUUGGUGCAAGUGUUGGGGUUGCACAGUAUGGGAAAGAUUUGAUAAAGCUUAAGCAAAUUCUAGGAACAUUGUACGAGAACUCCAACUUCAAGCCUUCACUUGUGGCACCUGGAGGAUUUUAUGAAAGACAGUGGUAUGACAGGCUUCUUCAGGUCUCUGGUUCAGGCAUAAUCAAUGUUCUGACUCAUCAUUUAUACAAUCUGGGCCCAGGUAGUGACGAGCAUCUUGAAAGGAAGAUUCUAGAUCCUGAACGCUUAAGCAGGGUGAAAUCAAUUUUUGGCAAUCUUUCUGAAACCAUUCAAACAUAUGGUCCUUGGGCUUCUGCAUGGGUAGGAGAAGCUGGUGGGGCAUACAACAGCGGUGGCAAUCAUGUAUCUAAUACUUUUCUUAACACCUUUUGGUACUUAGAUCAACUUGGAAUAGCAUCCUGCUACAACACUAAAGUCUAUUGUAGGCAGACCCUAAUUGGAGGGAACUAUGGACUUCUCAAUACCACAACCCUCAAUCCUAAUCCUGAUUACUACAGUGCACUUUUGUGGCAUCGAUUAAUGGGAAAGAAGGUUCUUGCAGUUUCAAGUGAUGUUUCUUCUCCCUUUUUACGUGCUUAUGCCCAUUGUUCAAAAGACAGGGUUGGUGUGACACUACUUCUAAUCAACUUAAGUAAUGAGACACGUUUUACUCUCACUAUUAGAAACCCUGUGAGUGCAAGUAUUGAAAAUGAAGUGGCCACAAACAUCCAUAAGGAAAACUCAUUCUUUGAUAAACUGAAGAAGACAUUUUCUUGGGUAGGAACAAAAGGGUCAGAGGUCACAUUUAGGGAAGAGUACCACUUAACUCCAAAAGAUGGUUAUCUGAAAAGCCAAACCAUGGUUCUUAAUGGUAUUCCACUGGAGUUAACAGACCAGGGAGAUCUUCCAAAAUUGGAUCCAGUGAGUAGUAAUGUGAGGUCUCCAAUAUACAUUACUCCUUUAUCCAUUGCAUUUAUUGUAUACCCCAACUUUGAUGCUCCAGCAUGUGCUACACAGAGAAAACAUUAGUUGAAGGUUUCUAUAGCAAAUAACUUGGCACUGGACUAAUGCAAUUUCAAGCUCAUGGUAAUUGUAUGUACUGAGCUAUUAUUGGCUUCACAUGAAAGUUACAACCAUGCAAUAAUUUAGAUUUGAAGGAACAUGCAAGUUGUAUCAUUUAGUUGUAAGUAAACUGUUUGAUAAAAUUUAGUUUGAAGUCCAAUGAUAAAGAAGUGAUUUUGUUUCA